AUGGUGGGAGUGCUGUCUAACAAGAUUGGGAGAGACGAGCUCAAGCCCGGAGAUCAUAUAUAUUCAUGGAGGCACUCCUAUCUCUACGCACACCAUGGAAUAUACAUGGGGGAAGAGAAAGUGAUCCACUUCACACGUGGGGCUGGGCACGAGAUCGGAACUGGGACCGUCUUGGACCGUUUCAUCUUCAGCUCAUCCCCAACUAACAAAUCAGGCCUCACCUGCCCGGCCUGUGGCGACCAGUCAAAAUCUGACGGCGUAAUCUCCUCGUGCCUCGAUUGCUUCCUCUCGGGUGGGGACCUUUACCUUUUCCAGUAUGGCGUCUCGAUCCCUGUUUUCCUGGCCAAUGCUCGAGGGGGCACAUGCACCCUGGCCAACUCCGACCCGCCAGGUGACGCUGUACACCGGGCUGAAUACCUCCUCCAGAACGGGUUCGGGGGAUACAACAUCUUCCGGAACAACUGUGAGGACUUUGCCAUCUACUGCAAGACGGGCCUGCUUGUUUUUACCACGGUCAGUGUGGGCCGCAGUGGCCAGGCGGCGUCCUUCCUGGCGGCCGCCAGCGCAUUCGUGUCGGCCCCGCUCAGGUUCAUGACGACGAGCUUUUCGGGGCUCUCGGUUGUGGGAUGUGGUGUCUACUGCAUCAGCCGGGUCGUGUCGGAUAUCGGGAUGAGGAGGGACGUGACGAAGAUCCCAGUUGAAAGGCUUGUUUCGCGGGCCGGGCUGGAUGAGCUCGGAGGGACAGUGGAGGACGCCAAGGAGAAAUAG